GUGGUCUGUUCUUUGCCAAACCCAUGCGUUCCAAGGGAUACGUGACCAUGUUAGACCCCUUUCAGCAGAUCUAUGGAAAGCGCAUGGGAGGACUCCUGUUCAUUCCCGCACUGAUGGGGGAAAUGUUCUGGGCUGCAGCCAUUUUCUCUGCCUUAGGAGCCACUAUCAGCGUGAUCAUUAGCACCGAUGUGCGCGUGUCCGUCAUCGUCUCUGCCCUUAUCGCCACGCUGUACACCCUGGUGGGCGGGCUCUACUCCGUGGCCUACACAGAUGUCGUUCAGCUCUUCUGCAUUUUCGUGGGACUGUGGGUCAGCGUCCCCUUCGCGCUGUCACAUUCUGCGGUUGCUGACAUCGGGUUCACGGCCGUGCACACCAAGUACCAGAAGCCCUGGCUGGGGACCAUUGAGCCAUUUGAAGUCUACACGUGGCUCGAUAGCUUUCUGUUGUUGAUGCUGGGUGGAAUCCCGUGGCAAGCCUACUUCCAGAGGGUCCUGUCUUCAUCCUCAGCCACCUACGCUCAAGUGCUGUCCUUCCUGGCAGCUUUCGGGUGCAUGGUGAUGGCUCUGCCAGCCAUACUCAUUGGAGCCAUUGGUGCAUCAACAGACUGGAGCCAGACUGGAUACGGGCCUCUUGACCCCAAGGACAACCAACAGGCAGACAUGAUCUUGCCGAUUGUCCUGAAGUAUCUCUGCCCUGUGUACAUUUCUUACUUUGGUCUUGGAGCCGUUUCUGCUGCUGUCAUGUCAUCAGCAGAUUCUUCCAUCUUGUCAGCAAGUUCGAUGUUUGCUCGCAACAUCUACCAGCUUUCCUUCAGACAAAAUGCUUCCGACAAGGAGCUCGUCUGGGUCAUGCGCAUCACGGUGUUCGUGUUUGGAGCUUCUGCAAUGACCAUGGCCUUGCUGACGAAGACGGUGUACGGGCUCUGGUACCUCAGCUCCGACCUCGUAUACAUCAUCAUCUUCCCGCAGCUGCUCUGCGUGCUUUUCAUCAAGGGGACCAACACGUAUGGGGCCGUGGCAGGUUACAUUUCUGGCCUUUUCCUGAGAGUGACCGGCGGGGAGCCGUACCUGAACCUGCAGCCCUUGAUCUUUUACCCUGGUUAUUACAUUGAUAAAAGUGGCAUAUAUAAUCAGAGAUUCCCAUUUAAAACCCUUGCCAUGGUGACCUCAUUCUUAUCCAACAUUUGCAUCUCUUACUUAGCCAAAUACCUAUUUGAAAGUGGAACCUUGCCACCAAAAUUAGAUGUAUUUGAUGCUGUCGUUGCAAGGCACAGUGAAGAAAACAUGGAUAGGACAAUUCUGGUCAGAAAUGAAAAUAUUAAGCUAGAUGAACUUGCACCUGUGAAGCCUCGGCAGAGCAUAACUCUCAGCUCGACUUUCACCAAUCAGGAGGCCCUCCUCAACGUGGAUUCCAGUCCAGAGGGGUCUGGGACUGAAGAUAAUUUACAAUAA